AUGAUUACGCUUAAGGGAAAGUUGAGAAAAGAUGGAUCUCUUCUUAAUCGUACAUCAAGUUUAGAAAACAAGAAAAGGCCAUCAAUUAGAGAUCAACUACUUGUCAAAGAGGUUCAAGAAAUGGAACAAACUCUACCUCCUACUUGUAAAGUAAGAUUUGAAAAUCCUCAUCAGCUUCAUGAUUUUCAACUUAUUGUGUCACCCGACGAAGGGUUUUGGAUGGGAGGUCGUUUCGUUUUUCAAAUAUUAGUGACCGAAGAAUAUAAUAUGGCGCCUCCGCUAGUGCAUUGUGAAACCAAAUUAUGGCAUCCUAAUAUAAGUGAAAAUGGGGCUGUUUGUUUAAGCCUGCUUAGGCAAAGUUCUUUAGAUGGAUUAGGUUGGGCUCCUACUCGAAGACUGAAAGAUGUUGUUUGGGGUUUAAAUUCAUUAUUCACUGAUCUUCUUAAUUUUGAUGACCCAUUAAAUAUGGAAGCAUCGGAAUUAUAUGCAUUAGACAAGGAAGCAUUUAGAACAAAAGUAAAACAAUAUGUAAAUCAGUAUGCUAAAAGAUGA